AUGGAGAAAGUGGAAAAAAUACUUGAGGCCUUAAAACUCUCCAAGGAAGCCGGAAACAAAGAAGCGGAAGGGAAUUCUUAUAUCGACCUCGGGAGCGCCUACCACGAUCUCGGUCAACAUGAAAAAUCCAUCGAGUAUUUUGAAAAAUCUCUUUCGAUUUGUAGCGAAACCGGAAACAAAGCUGGAGAAUUGAGUACAUGCCGCAAGCUUGGAAGUGCCUAUGGUUGUCUUCACAAGCAUAAGAAAUCCGUCGAGUAUUUCGAGAAAGCGCUAUCGUUAAGCAAGGAAGUUGGAGACAGGGGAGAAGAAGGGAAAGCGCACAGAAGUCUUGGUGCCGCAUUCUAUAGUCUUGGUCUGCCCGAUAAGUCGAUUGAGCAUAUUGAAAAUGCACUUAUAAUCAGUGUAGAAAUUGGCAACAAAAGGAAGGAAGGAAAUUCAUACAACGCAUUUGGUCACGUGUAUUACUCUACUGGUCACUAUGACAAGGCGAUAUUUAACUUCGAGAAAGAGCUGAAAGUAAGACAAAUACUAGGAGACAAACGCGGCCAGGGGCGAUCUUACAAUCAUCUUGGCAAUGUUUAUCAUGCUCUCAGUCAGUAUGAGAAAUCCAUCGAUUGCCAAAAGAAAGCUCUUCAGAUAAGCGAAGAAACCGGAGACAAGAAAGGGGAAGGAGAUGCCUACAACAGCCUCGGCGACGUGUACCGUGCUCUUGGCGAAUAUGAUAUAUCGAUCAGGUACUUGGAGAAAGGUCUUGAAAUAAGCAAGGAGUCCCGCAAUAAGCCAGGAGAAGGAAUGGCCUACAACAGUCUUGCCACAUUGUUUCUUGCCCUUAGUGAAUAUGAGAAAGCGAUCGAUAACUCGACGAAGGGUCUUGAAAUUUGUACAGAGGUAGGAAACACACGCGCGAAAAGCAAAUGUUACAGCAACAUUGCUACAGCAUAUCAUGCUCUUGGCCAAUCCGAAAGGUGUCUGGAGUAUUAUGAAAAAAGUCUCGACAUCGCCCAAUCGCUUGGAGACAGACAGGGAGAAGGAACAAUGUACAAUAAUCUCGGUACAUUGUUUUAUGAUUUUAGCCAAUACGAGAAAUCGUUACACUAUUACCAGAACGCGAUUGAGGUCCACAAAGAAAUAGGAGACAGACAAGGACAAGGAACAGCUUACCUAAACCUCGGUGACGUACAUAAUGCUCUUGCUAAUCAUCAAGAGUCACUCGACUUUUUACAGAAAUCUCUUGAAAUCAGUCAAGAAAUCGGGGAUAAACGGGCUGAAGGGGCGUCGUACAGCAGCAUCGGAAGUGUGUAUAAUUCCCUUGGCCAGUUUGAGAAGUCCAUUGAAUAUCAGACGAAAGCCCUUAAAAUCUAUGAAACGACUGGGGAAAAGCGAGGGCUGGGAGACUCGUACAACAAACUAGGUAGCGUGUACAGUGAUCUCCAACAGUACCAAGAGGCAUUGGCUUGCUACGAGAAAGGACUUGAGAUAAGAAAAGCGAUCGGUAACAAACAGGGAGAAGCAGCAUCCUACAACAACUUUGGCAGCGUCUACUGCGAGCUUGGCCACUACGAGAAAUCAAUCGAGAAUCACGAGAGAGCGCUGGUUAUCAACAAAGAAACUGGCGACAAACGAGGGGAAGGGACAUCUUACAACAACCUCGGUAGUGUAUACAGCAAGUUACAGCAGUAUGACAAAGCAAUUGAUUAUUUCAAGAAAAGUCUCGAAAUCAGUGCAAAAAUUGGCAAUAAGCUGGGAGAGAUGGCAUCCUAUAGUCACCUGUGUUUUGUAUGGUACGCUCGUGGGCAAUAUGGAAAGGCGAUUGAGUGUGAAGAAAAAGCACUUGCAUUAAAAGAAGCCAUUGACGACAUACGUGGAGUAGUUAUCUCGUGCGUCAGUCUUGCAAGUAUUUACCAUGCACUUGGCCAAUAUGAAAAAUGUAUCGGGAAUUUAAGAAAGCUAUUCAAGUCAGCGAAUCCACGGGUGACAAGCAACAACAAAUACAAUUGUACAGCAAUCUCGGUGAUGUGUAUAAUGCUUUGGGACACAAAGAGCAGUCACUAGAAUUUCACGAUAAAGCCAUCGAAAUCUGCAGAGAAGUUGGAGACAGAAAAGCAGAGAGUACCUCCUAUCACACAUUGGGAAGUAUUUGCCACGCCCUACACCAGUUUGACAAAUCUAUCAGCUAUUAUAAAUCCAGCCUUGAAAUUCUGAAGACCCUUGAUGACAAACAUGGCGAGCAUAAAACACGCAGUGCCCUCGCUAAUGUGUAUGAGGCUCUAGGCCAGCAUAAAGAAGCGAUUGAGUGCCACAAGGAAGCCCUCAACAUCGGCGAAACACUGUGUGACAAGGAGAAAGAAGAAGCAUCAUGUGGCAAGCUCAGUAUUCUGUAUAAGGCUCUUGGCCAGUACGAUAAAUCUAUCAAAUACAGAGAGAAUGCUCUGGAAAUCUGUAAAGCUCUGGGAUAUAAACCAUUAGAAGGAAGAUCGUACGAGCUUCUUGGUAUCUUGUAUCAUGAUGUCGGUCAGUUUGAGAAGUCGAUUGAGUGCGCAGCGAAGGCAAUUGAAAUCUUUAGAACCACUGGUCGCAGAGGGGCUGAGGGAAGAUCAUACAGCCAGCUUGGAAAUCUCUAUUUUGAUACUGGCCAGUAUGAGAAGGCUGUUGAAAAUCAUAAGAAGAGUCUUGAAAUCCGGGAAGCCAUUGGUGACAAGAAAGGAGAGGGAACCUCCCACAACAAUUUAGGCUCCGCAUAUUGUGCACUCAAUCAGAUCAAGAAGUCUAUUGAAUCCUGUCAUAGAAGUGUUGAAAUCAGGAAAGAAAUUGGCUACAAAGAAGGGGAAAUAACGUCCUACAAUAACCUUGGUAUGGUUUAUCUACAACUUGGCCAUCAUGAAAAGUCAAUUGAGUGUCAAGAGAAAGCGCUUGAAAUCAGCAGGGAAAUUAAAGACAAACAAGGAGAAGGAACGUCAUACAGCAACCUUGGCACUGUGUAUAAUGCUAAAGGGGAAUAUGAGAAGUCGCUUGGGUACGAAAAGAAAGCACUCGCGAUCUAUAAAGAUGUUGGCGAUAAAGUGCGAGAAGGAACUUCUUAUAACAACCUUGGCAUAUUAUAUUACAUUUUUGGUCAACAUCAGAACUCCGUUGACUGCUUCGAAAGGGCUCUCAAAAUCAAGAAAGAAUUCGGAGACAAAGCAGGGCAGGAAUCUUGUCACAGCAGCCUGAGCCUUUUGUAUAGUACUGCCGGCGAGUAUGAGAAGGCUAUUGAGAAUCAAGAAGAAGCCCUUCAAAUUUGCUCAGCAGUCGGCAACAGAGAAGGGGAGUUACGAUCUCACGAUGCUCUUGGUACAGCAAAUUAUUUUUUUCGCCAUUUAGAAAAAUCAAUCCAACACCAAGAGAAAGUGCUUGAAUUCAGUAAGGAAGUUGGAGAUAGGAAAAGAGAAGGAACAUCGUACAGCAAUUUAGGCACAAUCUAUCAUGCUCAGCAACAAUUUGUGAAAUCGGUUGAGUAUCAAGAAAAAGCCCUCAACAUCUUUAAGGCGAUUGGAGACAAACAUGGGGAAGCAGCAUCUUGCAGCAACCUUGGCAUUACUUGUUGCGCCCUUGGUCAGUAUGAGAAGUCCCUAUCGUAUCAUGAAAAAGCGUUGGGGGUCUGUAAAGAGAUUUGUGACACAGGAGGAGAGUUGAGAUCUUACAAAGGUCUUGGCAGUGCUUAUCAUCUUCAGGGCCAACUGGAGAAGUCUAUCUUUUGUUACACAAAAAUUCUGGAGGUCAGCAAAGAAAUUGGAGACAAGCAAGAAAAAGUAGCAUCCUACCAGACUCUAUACACCUUGUGCAAUGCACUUGGCAAAGGAGAGGAAGCUGCCAUUUACCUGGAGAAAGCGCAGGAGAUCAAGAACGACUCUGGAGAGAGACAACAGGAAGAUCAAUAUGACGAACGACCUGCUCAAUGUGUGUACUACGUUUGCGAUCUUUACAAAAAAUCUGUUGAGCCUGGAAAAUGUUUUAGUGGAAUCAUCGAUGAAGUCAGAGGAAGAGAUCCUAUUCCGAGGGAAUCUGGCGUGCAAAUUGAGAAGUCGAUCAAAUAUCACGAGAGAGAAAUGGAAAUCAGUAGAGUAACGGGUGACAAAUGGGGAGAGGGAAGAUCCUACCGCGCUCUUGGAUACGAUUACAUCACUCUUGGCCACUAUAAGACAUCUAUUGAAUAUUUCGAGAAAGCACUUGACAUAGGCGACGUAAUUGGCAGCAAGAAAGCUAAGGCACACUCCUACAGUGGCCUUGGUAAUGUGUAUCUUGCUCUUGGCCAGUACGAUAAAGCUCUAAAGUACCAGGAGGAAUCAUUCAAAAUUGAUGAGGAGAUCGAAGACGAGAAGGGAGAAGGAGCAUCCUUCACGAACCUGGCAAGCAUAUACCGUGCCUCCGGCCAAUAUGAAAAAGCAAUUGAAUAUCAAAACAAGGCACUCGAAAUCUGCAUUGAAAUACAAGACAGGAAAGGGGAGGCUACAUCAUACAACAACCUCGGUAGCAUAUACAAUGCUCUUGGCCAAUAUAAUGACUCAAUACAUUUUCAGGAGAAAGCUCUUAAAAUCAGAAAAGAAGUAGGCGACAGAGAAGGAGAAGGAAUUUCUUAUGUCAACCUUGGCAAUGUUCAAUAUGCUCUUGGCCAGCAUGAGAAGGCUAUCAACUACCUGGAAAGAGGACUUGAAAUCUUCAAGGAAACUGGAUUCAAGGGAAAAGAACACCUUGUUUUAUACGGCUUAGCCAUGAGCCAUUUUCACGAGAAACGUUUCUCAAAAGCUUCCGACUAUUUCUUUGGGAGCAUUAAAGGUCACGAAAAUGUAAGAAAGUCUCUUAAAGAUGAAGACAAGCUCUCAUUAGAUGAUCAAAGCAUUUCAUUUUACAAGGGACUUACCUUGAUGUUGAUUUCUCUUGGAAAGGUAGAUGAUGCCCUUUGUACAGCCGAACGAGGACGAGCUCGUGCACUUGUAGACCUGAUAUUCUCUAAUUUCGGAAUCCAGGAGAUCAACAAAACAAAUGAAUUUACUUUGAGUUCGUUAGCAAGCCUCUUAGAAAAACAGCGAAGUGAUUUUCUUUUCAUGGGCAUCAUAACGAAGCAAAUCUAUCUCUGGUUCAUGGAAAAAAGUGGGAAAAUAAACUUCAAGAUUGGAAAAGAGCUGUCAGCAACUGAGAAAGAAGGAACGUCUUUGCAAGAUUUGGUAACGACCACUUUGAAAUCCUUGCCAAAAGACGACGGAGAAGAAUACGAAGACAGAUCACUGUCAGAAAUCUAUGAAGACGAAUCAUCAACAGCAGAGGGGCAAAGUGAAGAAACCAGUCAGCACCAUUUCCGGGGUAACGAAGAAGAAGAAAGAGAGGCCAAUCUAAAGAAAUUAUACCAAAUCAUAAUUGCGCCUUUUACUGGUCUCAUUCAAGGUCCAGAGAUUGUCAUAAUCCCAGAAGGAGGAUUGUUCUUGGUCCCAUUUGCAGCCUUGCAAGAUUCUAGUGGAAAGCACUUGUCCCAAACUUAUCGAAUUCGCCUAAUUCCCUCUCUGACAUCGCUUCAGGUCAUUCAAAGUUUCCCAGAAAAUUACCAUUCUCAAACUGGGGCACUGAUUGUGGGAGACCCAACGGUUGGCCGUGUAGAGUUUGAUGGAAAAGUCUGUGUUUUGAAACCUCUUCCAAAUGCCAGAAGUGAAGCAGAUAUGGUAUGCCGGCAUGUUAGACCACCAUACUUUAAGCUUAUUGGAGAGCAAGCCACUAAGGGUGAGGUGUUGAAAAGAAUCCAGGGUGUGGGGUUGGUGCAUAUUGCAGCCCACGGUGAUGCAGAGAGAGGAGAAAUUGCCCUUGCACCAAACGUAGGUGCCACGGAAAUUGUAAAAAAGGAAGAUUUUAUGCUGACAAUGGAGGACAUAGCAAACGUCGGCAUAAGGGCCAAGCUGGUAGUACUCAGCUGCUGCAAUAGUGGUCAUGGUAAAAUCAUGACAGCCGAGGGAGUUGUCGGAAUAGCUCGGGCGUUUCUUGGAUCUGGUGCUCGCUCCGUUCUUAUGUCAUUAUGGCCUGUUAACGAUGCAGCUACCAAAGCCUUCAUGAACGUGUUCUACAGGAGUUUAAUGCGCGAACAAAAGAGUGCAAGUGAGGCUCUUUACCUGUCUGUCAAGAAGUUAAGAGAGUCAGCAAUUUACAACCAUUUCAGGCACUGGGCUGCUUUUGAACUUCUUGGAGAUGAUGUCACAUUUGAUUGA